AUGGAUUUCGUGGAUUCGGAAAGCUCGUAUACACCUGCCGAUUUAGUAAGUUCGCAUAUAAUAACUGCUGCCAACAAAUUUAAGACAUGUUCGGAGCUAGCAAAAAAUCAGGACCUUAUAGAGAGUAUUGCUGAAGAAGUCGAAGAUAAUAGGGCUUUAUUUUGUAAAACCGUCAUGGCUUCUUUAUUUGCGAGUACUAGUAUGUUCAAAGAAAGCUUCAAGAUGGUCGCACGUGGUGAACUUCUUGGACUACUAUGCACAGACAUUGCACCAUACAGGAAUGCGGUGGAAACACUUUUGAAAUUUGUGAGAAAAAACGAAAACAUUGCUAGCGAUCUUGAAACGAGAUUUGGGGGGAUAUAUGAUAGAUUGAAGGUUUAUUCGAAUAGCAUAAGAGAUUGCUUGGAAACCCUCGACGAUAAAAAGGAUGAACUGAAGCGUUUACAGCGAGGUAAAAACGACACGGCUACAAAACAGUUAGUCGGGUUAGGGUUGGGUAUGGUUUCUCUAAUGUCUAGUAUUUUGGGGCCAGAAACAAUGGUUGUGGAGGGUGUAAGUGCAGUUACGGGAGCCAUCGGCGUCAAGACAUUUAUCGAUGCGUCUGCGCUUAUCGAGCAGCUUAGGAAGGAAAUUCGUGAAUUGGAAGCUCAAAUAAACAGCGGCAAGACAAUUGAAUCAUUACACGAGGCUUUGAAAAGUGCAACAAUGGGAGUUGGUCAAGUGAAGGAUUAUUGGCAAAAGCGCGGUUUUGAGAUUGAAGGACUACUAAAAGAGCUUGACAACUAUGAACAGCGAGGGCUGCGCCUCAAUGAACUGGAAGCAUGGCGUUUUAAGACAAAAUGGAUAAACUAUCAAAAGGAGUGUGAAGAAUAUGUAGAACAACUGUGUAAACACAUUGAAGAACACGUCAUAGUAAUGUUUUGA